UUAGGUUCCAUCUUGCCCGAAACUGUGCAAAACUGACAUGCAUCAUAAAAAACAUUAGGCAUAGGCAGCAAUGAAGAUGUUGGCAGCUCAAAAGACGCUGUUAUUGCUUUGUGUUGGGGUCUCACUAGGACAUGCUUUCAUUACAUUAGAACAGUUUAAGAGCAUUGAGGAAAGGCUGAAAGCCACUGAGGAAACACUGAAAGAACUGAAGAGAGAGAAUGAAGCUCUAAGGACUAUCACAAAAGCCCAAAGUGAUAAACUUGAAUCUAUCCAGGCAGAAAAUAACGCCAAAAAGGUUGCCUUUUCAGUUGGACUUUUGGCAUCUGGAGAGCAAAAAUCUGGACCCUAUGACACUCGGACAACUUUGGUGUAUAAAAAAAUCUUCACCAAUACUGGGAACGCAUAUGACCCCAACACUGGUAUUUUUAAGGCACCAGUGAAUGGAGUCUAUUUCUUCAGAUUUUAUGCUCAUGCUCAUACUCCUACGCAAAUGGCAGUCAGUCUCCAUAAAAAUGAUCAGCUCCAGUGCUCUGUAUUUUGUCAGAAGCCUUUUUCCAAUGCUAAUGGCAGCAAUGGUGUUGUUCUCUCACUGCAGAAGGGUGAUGAAGUGUACACACAGCUGUGGGAGAACAGCUGGGUUUAUGAUGAUGGAAACAGCUACACUAGCUUCAGCGGUUUUCUGCUUUUCUCUUUGUGAGUGUCCACAGAAUCCAGAAUUGGAUGAAAAAAUUUUUUUUAUGUCACUAGUGUUGUAAUGCUAAUAUCUGUGUGAUAUUUUCCUCAAAAGGAAGAGAAUAUUGUAUGAUCACCCAAAAAUUAAUGUUUGUUGAGAAUUUACACACCAUUAUAUAAUUUGCUCAGCAUCAAAAUAACAGUAUCAUUUUACUAGUUUUCAACGUAUAUAUGUCAGUC